CGCCGGUGGUGGCUGCUUCUUUGCCACGGAGCCUCCUCCUCCUCCUCCUUCUCUCCCAGUGACAGGAGGACAUACACAGAGAGAGAGAGAGAGUGACUGGAGGGAAGGAGGCCCUGGGCUCCAUUUUGUCGGCCCCUUUCUCCUCCAUUGAGCCUGGUGCUUGCUAACACUGUGCUGUGUCUGUCUCUCUCUCUCUCUCUUGCCCAGAGGCCAUGGAGGACGAGGAGAGGCAGAAGAAGCUGGAGGCUGGCAAAGCCAAGCUUGCACAGUUUAGACAAAGAAAAGCACAUUCGGAUGGCCAGCAUGCUCCCAAGAAGCAGAAGAAAAAGAAGAAAGUAUCAAACAUUAAAGAUGAAGAAAUGGUACAAGAAACACUGGAUAUUGACCAGCUGCAAGGAGAAGAUGCAUCCACAUAUCGCUGUCAAAGAGGAGCAGCUGCUACUUCUGAUUUUGCUAUAAUGCAAACUUUGCACGGUGGUGAAAUGAUCAAGCAUGAUCACACAUAUGCCACAGAACUAGAAAGUGAGAUUUCCACAACCGCAGAUGAUUAUAGUUCAGAGGUAAAUGGUUGCAGUGUUUUGACAAGAACAGAUGCUUCCACAGAUUUUAUUAGGGAAGAAGAAUUUGGAUUUGGAGAGAAUUAUUCUGAGCAUGGAAUGCAGCAUUCUUUGACACAACUGGAGAUCAUGGAAAAUGAAUUGGCUGGAAAAGAACAAGAGAUCGAAGAGCUAAACAAAGAGCUAGAAGAAUUGAGGGCAGCAUAUGGUACAGAAGGAUUGCAACAGGUAUAAUUACCUUAUGUUGCUUUCUGCAUGCAUUGUAGUUGCACAUACAGUCCUUCAUUAUUGCUUGGCAUGGUUAAGACACAGAAAUUAUGAGAAAAUGUUUUUCAUUUAAGUUAGGUUUGUCAUCUUCAUCAUCAUUUUGUUUUACAAAAAGCAUCCUGUUUCUCUAGUAUUUUCCGAUCUUCUGUUUCCAUUUUAAUACUUAGGAGUUUUAUCUUGGGUUCUGUGAAUGACAGCAAAAAUAGCACUUAUCUUCCAUUGAAGAUGCCAGUAUUUUUUUUAAAGAGUAAAGUCUAUUUUCCAUUCAGGUAAAUGGACAAUGAAAAACUAGCACUUAUUUCCCAUUAUCACUUAAGAAGCAGCUUAAUA